UAUAAGCCAAGUGUUGGCCCAGUAGCCCUCACAGUUCACUUCGCCUUCCAGCAACCAACAGCAGCAGCAGCAGCCAAAUCAAUCCAAAUCAAAAUGGCAUUCAAGUUCAUCGCCCUCUUCGCCCUGAUCGCCGCCGCCAGCGCCGGUGUUCUGCCCGUCCAGCAGGUGUACCACGCCGCCCCCGCCGUGGCCACCUACGCCCAUGCACCUGUCGCCGUUGCCCACGCCCAGCCGGUUCUUGCCAAGGCCGCUGAGGAGUACGACCCCCAUCCCCAGUACAAGUACGCCUACGAUGUCCAGGACUCGCUCUCCGGUGACUCCAAGAGCCAGGUGGAGGAGCGCGAUGGCGACGUGGUCCGCGGCGAGUACUCCCUGAUCGACGCCGAUGGCUACAAGAGGACCGUCCAGUACACCGCCGACCCCAUCAACGGAUUCAACGCCGUCGUGAACCGUGAGCCCCUCGUCAAGACCGUCGCCGUUGCCCCAGUUGUGAAGACCGUCGCCGCUCCCGUUGCCCACUACGCCGCCCCUGCUGUCGCCCACUACGCUGCUCCCGCUGUGGUCAAGACCGUGGCUCCAGUUGCUCACUACGCUGCUCCCGCCGUGGUCAAGACCGUGGCUCCAGUGGCCCACUACGCCGCUCCCGCUACCUACACCUCCUACGCCGCCCCCGCUGUUGCCUACCACCACUAAGAACUGCCAUUUUACGUUUCUCAACCCAUUACUGUUAUAGUUUUACAAUUGCCUCCUACAAAUACACACAAAUAUU